AGGUGAGGAGAAUCAGUUUUCACUACUGAUGGGAAAAGUGAUAAAAAGGAGAGAAACUAACAGAUAAGACAGCUGAUUAGUAUGCAUUUCUAUUUAUGUAGGAAAAGCAAGGUCAUACUCUUCAAGUAAUUUUAAACAAUGAACGUGAAAGACUAUUUGAAGAGUCUAGCCCAAGUACCACAGUUUGCACCCAAAAUGCGAAUUAUUAUUCCCAGAAUCUCUUGCAAAUAUGGGAAGGAAUGCGGCUGAUGGGUUGAUCUCAAACGAGGCAAAAUGCAAAACAAUUUAAUUUGCCAAAAGAAAGCUGUAGGAUGCACUUGGCUGAGCUGACGGUGAAAGCAGCAGGAGGGAUAAAGGGCCAGUUUAGUUAUUUCAGGCCGUUAUCAGAAGGAAUGAACAAGUUGGAAUGAACAAGUUUGCCUGACUGGUCACUUCACUUGGUCUAGUUGUUUUCAGAGAGGCCAGGGGCUGAACAAAUACCUCAGACAAUUCUAACACACACACACACACACACACACACACACACACACACACACACACACACACACACACUCUUUACACUAGGUUGCACAUUCAACUACCUUUCGCUUUUGGGGUGGCCCCUACUUGGUCCACGGAGAUCGGCGCCCACAAGCAGUGCAGAGACCACCCUUGAAGCUGUGCCAGGUGGACUUGGGCAUCGCCCCGGGGGAGGGGGGUCGGGGAGGAGGCCACCACCGCCUCCUACCAGAGAAGCGCACACGUGGUGACCCGUUUGGGGCCGGGUUCCCAGCUCCCGGCUCCUCCUCCCGGUCGGUGCUCCCCUCACUGCAGUAUCACGUGCGCCCGGGCCGGGUGCAGGAUGGCGGCGGCGGCGGCGGCGGCGGCGGCGGCGGCAGUGGUGGCUGGUGCCAGUCUUCGGUGCUGCUGCAGCCGGGGUGCAGUGUUCUUGUUGUUUUUCUCCCUGUCCCCUCAACCUCCGGCCUCAGCCGCUUGGCUGCUGGGGCUGAGGCCCGAGGACACCGCGGGAGGCCGCGUCUCCCUGGAGGGGGGCACCCUGCGCGCUGCCGAGGGGACCAGUUUUCUAUUGCGGGUCUAUUUUCAGCCGGGCGCAGCGACGAGCGCGGCGCUGCUCCCUGCCCCGACCCGCUUCUCGGGGGAGAAUGACACCAGCGACUGGGCCCCGAGGCUCGUGUUUAUCGAAGAGCCCCCCGGAAGUGGUGUCGUGGCCCCCAGCGCCCUCCCGAGCCGACCCCCGGGGCCUCAGAGGUGCCGCGAGCAGAGCGGCUGGGCAUCGGACGUGGAGGUCCUGGGUCCGCUGCGGCCGGGCGGCGCAGCAGGCUCGGCUCUGGUCGAGGUGCGGGUGCGAGAGCUGCGCAAGGGGGAGGCGGAGGGGGCCAGCUCAGGAGGCCGCGGGAAGCUCUUUUCGUUGUGCGCCUGGGACGGGCGCGCUUGGCACCACCACGGCGCGGCUGGCGGCUUUCUGCUGCGAGUCAGGCCGAGGCUGUAUGGCCCGGGCGGGGAGCUGCUGCCCCCGGUCUGGCUGCGGGCUUUAGGGGCAGUCCUGCUGCUUGCCUUGUCGGCCCUCUUCAGCGGCCUGCGCCUGAGCCUACUCUCUCUGGACCCGGUGGAGUUACGGGUGCUGAGGAACAGCGGCUCGGCGGCUGAGCAGGAGCAGGCGCGCCGGGUGCAGGCGGUGCGGGGCCGCGGGACGCAUCUGCUGUGCACCCUGCUACUGGGGCAGGCCGGAGCCAACGCAGCCCUGGCUGGCUGGCUGUGCACCUCGCUGCCUCCGAGUGUCGGGGAUGAAGGGGAAGAAACUGGGGCGGGGGGAAGUCACUUUCCCUGGCUGCCCACGCUGCUGUGCACCGGCGCAGUGUUUCUGGGCGCCGAGAUCUGCCCGUACUCCGUGUGUUCCCGUCACGGGCUGGCCAUCGCUUCCCACAGUGUCUGCCUGACCCGGCUCUUAAUGGCUGUUGCCUUCCCGGUGUGCUAUCCGCUCGGCCGCUUGCUGGACUGGGCACUGCGCCAGGAGAUCAGCACCUUCUACACCCGAGAGAAACUACUGGAGACGCUGAGGGCCGCAGACCCUUACAACGAUUUGGUCAAGGAAGAGUUGAACAUGAUCCAGGGCGCCCUGGAGCUGCGGACCAAGGUGGUGGAGGAGGUGCUGACCCCUCUGGGGGACUGUUUCAUGCUCCGCUCGGAUGCCGUGCUAGAUUUCUCCACCGUCUCCGAGAUCCUGCGAAGCGGCUACACGCGCAUCCCAGUGUAUGAAGGCGACCAGAGGCACAACAUCGUGGACAUCCUAUUUGUUAAGGACUUGGCUUUUGUAGACCCUGACGACUGUACCCCACUCCUUACUGUCACUCGCUUCUACAACCGGCCCCUUCACUGCGUCUUCAAUGACACUCGGCUGGACAUGGUGCUGGAGGAGUUUAAGAAGGGAAAAUCUCAUCUAGCCAUCGUCCAGAGGGUGAAUAAUGAGGGAGAAGGAGAUCCCUUUUACGAGGUGAUGGGCAUCGUUACUCUAGAGGAUAUCAUAGAGGAGAUCAUCAAAUCAGAGAUUCUGGAUGAAACUGACCUGUAUACAGACAAUCGGAAAAAGCAGCAGGUCCCUCAUCGGGAGAGGAAGAGACAUGAUUUCUCCCUUUUCAAGCUUUCAGACUCUGAAAUGAAAGUGAAGAUAUCUCCACAGCUUCUGUUGGCAACACAUCGAUUUAUGGCCACAGAAGUGGAACCCUUUAAGUCUCUGUACCUUUCGGAGAAGAUCCUGCUUCGGCUCCUGAAACAUCCCAACGUGAUCCAAGAGCUGAAAUUUGAUGAAAAGAACAAGAAAGCACCCGAGCACUAUCUUUACCAACGCAACCGUCCUGUGGACUAUUUUGUGCUCCUUUUGCAGGGUAAAGUAGAAGUGGAAGUUGGUAAAGAAGGUCUUCGCUUUGAGAAUGGAGCCUUCACUUACUAUGGUGUGCCAGCUAUCAUGACCACUGUGUGUUCAGAUAAUGAUGUGCGAAAGGUUGGAAGUCUGGCUGGAUCCUCCGUCUUUUUAAACCGAUCCCCUUCUCGCUGCAGUGGGUUGAACCGCUCUGAGUCUCCAAACCGAGAGCGCAGUGACUAUGGGGGCAGCACCACCCAGCUGUACAGCAGCAACAGCCUCUACACGCCUGACUACUCAGUCCACAUCCUCAGUGAUGUGCAGUUUGUGAAGGUAACCCUCCAGGAGGGCUUUCCAUUCCUAUCACUCGAACAGUAUCAGAACGCACUCACUGCUUGCCACAUGGACAGCUCCCCUCAGUCUCCGGACAUGGAGGCCUUUGCUGAUGGAGAUUCCACCAAGGCACCAACUUCUCGUGGAACCCCACAGACCCCUAAGGAUGACCCUGCCAUCACCCUUCUCAAUGACAGGAACAGCCUUCAGUGCAGCCGGACAGAUGCUUUGAAGAGCCCUAGUGAAGCAGUGUACCUGAAGAUGGAAGAGAUCUCCUUCGUUCAGGAGGAAGUAAAUGCCGAGGAGGAGUGCAGAAGCCCUCAGUUUGUGCUCCCGGCCGCUGCUCUUCCACCCAGACCAGAAACAGACAGUGAAUGUUGUAAUCUCAUCUUGGACUCAGACGACCCCAACCUGGGGAGUGUGACCAGCCCCUCCAGCAGUGACUUUGAGGAGACGCUGGGCAAGAAGUUGCUGAGAACUUUAAGUGUUGGGAAAAGGAAGAGGUCGCCAGAUGGGGAAAGGACCCCAGAGGAGAAUUCCAAUUUAACACCUCUAAUCACAUGACAGGAAGUGAUGCUUGAACAUUAGGUGGGUGGAUGGAUUUCCACAUGCUUUGGGAAAGACCGUCCUUCUAUCAUCUCCUCCAUCCCCAGAGACCUGCCAAAGGCAAUAAGGCACCAUGUUUUUUUCCUCCAUGUUUCCUAGAUGUCAAUUUCAGCAAAUAUUUCCUCUCACCUCCAUUCUGGCUCAGAGCCUUGCUGUUUUAUAAAGGAAACCAGUGCCUUGAAUGGAAUAUUAUGGAAAUGGUUCUGACACCAUGAAGAAGCGACCACAGCUUACCAGCACUCCCUUCGCGACCCUUCUUUUCCAGUUCCCUGGUGGAUCUUUGGGAUCCCCUGAUGCUAGGUUAGGCCAUCUGUUUUCACUUCAUCGGCCCUUUCUCUAGGAAAGAAAGCCAUUGUUGACCCAGUUGAAACAUCUGCACAUGACUCAGCUCCAGGUAGGUCAGGGGCUGGAAAGGCAGGUGAGAGAAUUGGCCCAGGAGAGGGUGUAGAUGAGGUUUCAAAGCAUUAUUUGAAUAAAUUUUAUGUAUACAUAUAAUAUAUAUACACAUAUGUGCAUGUGUAUAUGUGUGUAUAUAUAUUUAUAUUUAUAUAUUUCAAUAUAGUCUUCGAGUACUUAAAACCUCUUCCAGUGGUCCAUUUCCUGCUUAUGAAGGAUUCUGGUGGUAGAGAUAUGUGUGUAUCCAAGCUGGUUUGGGCCAUGGUAGAGAAGGAUCCUUGAAUAACUAUUUGCUCCUAGGAAUAGAGGGCUGGGACUGGGCCACCCCUUCUGUAUACCUGGUGUAGCACCCAGCAGUCACCAAUCAGUUUGUAGGCCUGUGCUGGGAGACAGGCUUAUGUGGACUGGCCGAAUCCCAGGUGGAAGCCAAGUGGUGAAAUUUCAGCCUUUAAGGAAAGUAGCUAGAAACUUGUAAACAGUUAUGGGAAUGAGUUUUGCUAUUUGAGAAACCAAAGAGUGCCAGGUCAGUCAAAGACAAUGACCCAUAGGUAUGUUUCUUUCUCAAGGAAUUGCAGUGUGCAUCCCCAAGAAUGUUGGAGAAUUGCUUCUCGCACUGUCCUUUCUUUUAUUUCCCUCCUCCUCCUCCUCCUCCUCCUCCUUUUACUGCUAGACUGGCUGGCCAGCUUAGUAACUUCGAUCAUUUUCUGCUCUUUCUCAAGGGAUGCUGAGGAAGGGCAGUUUUCAGAAAUAGCCAUAUGGCGGUGCAAAGACUAUAUCUUGGUAUGCCCUGGCAUCCCAGGUCAGAAAUAAGUGUGCCUAUAAAGAGGUCUUUUGUCUUUGGUCCCCUUCUUCUGUUCUGGCCCAUCUCCUUCCUAAUUGUUGCCCUGGGGCCUGGUGCCCUUAAGGUGCCCAAAGUUUACCCCCUCCUUAAGUUCUUCGCCAACACUAGCCCUCCCUAAGUGCUCCAUUUUCCAGAAUUACCUCUCCUUACUUCUUUUCCCACACCACCCAUCCACUCAAAACUUCUCAUCCCUCAGAUGAUCUCAGCUGAGUGCUAAGAGGACACCAAUCAGAUUUACCUAGUUCAUACUAAAAUGUAAAGUGCUUGUAAGUAGCCCUGAGUAUGUGCAUUUUUAAAGAGUGCUAGUUCACCCAAAUAAAUGUGCCACUGUGAAGACCUCAGAAACCAUAAGGCAAAAUGAAGGAAAGGAUUUCAUCAGCUUUGAGGGAGAGUUUGGGAAAGGGACUCCUGGAAAAUGCCAGAGAGGUCACAAGCCUGUUUACUGCCAGACUCCCUCUCUCUUCCCCCAAACCAGGACCAAUUUCCCAGUGCAGUGGGUGUCAUGAAAGCCUCACCUCUAAGUGAGGUGAAGGAGAGUUAGGAGCCUCAAUGUGUGAGCUAUGGCCCUACGCAAUGUGGCAUUGAUCUUUUCCUUCCAAGCAUGGCUGGCAGCCCAGUGGUGCAUGACCUCGAAUAAACCCUCUUGCCUCAUAAGAAUACAUGUAGUGUCUAAUAAUUAUCCCAGAGCUUUCACUGGCCAGGACUAGAAGACCUUGUUUAGGUCUGUCAGGAGGUUUGAGUCAGAGCAGCUAUUUACCCAUUCUUCUUAUGUUUCAUGCAUGGGCCAGAGGGACCUAGAUCUAGGCCACAAAUUCUUCCCUUCACACACCAUCCACCUGGCUCCUCACUCCCUCCUUCCCUUCACCAAUCAGGCCUUGGGUCCCAGCUCUUGGCUAUGCUUCUACUCCACUGACGAGAUCAGAGGGAAAGCCUGUCAUCAAUCCCCUCCUCUGACCUCAUUCCUCAUCUCCAACUCCCCAGCCAACAGUUCAUUUUUCUUCAGGUAAAAGUACUCUGUGCGAAGAUUUUAGAUGAAGUAUUUAUGAAGGGUCAAAUAAAUUGUAAAUAGUUUUUAAAUAAAAUGGAAAUGCCUUC